GAUAGCCGGACUUGCACUUGAAGCAAGUGAGCGUGGCAUCGCCAACCAGACGGGCGCUGCGAGACGUCACCUUUGCUGAUCUCUACGUGGCAUAAGUGAGGGUUUACACGUGUUGCGUACUCCUUAUGCAACAAAGAAUGCGGGCGUCGCUUCUGAUCGCGGCGGGCGUGCUUUCACUCGCGGCGGUUGUCAACGGCCAGCUUGGAUGGGCGCCGUUGACGCCGUAUGUGCCGGCCGAGUCCUUUGACACGCUGCUGAAGACCAGCAGCUACGAUGAGCGCUACCGGCAGACCAACCUGCUGUCGGAGCUGGGCUCGUCGUUUGACGGCAUCAAGUUCCUGGUCACCCAGGGUGCCAGUCUCAUCCCUUCGCUCGCCUCGUUCGCCUCGGCGCUGCCCGCCAAUCUGACCGUCGAGCCAGGACUGUCCAAACUGGCGCUGGCAACGCAGGCCUACCUGGCGCUGUACGGCGGAGUGGCCGACGUGCAGUACCCCGUGUUCUCAGACUCUGCGCCCAUCAACACCUUUAAGCAUGCCGCUGCCAACCUGGUCAUUGUCAACGGCGUGCCGCUGGGCAACGGCGUGUCGCUCUACUCCACCGCCAUCUUCUCGCUGGUCAACGGUCCGCUGCUGCUGAACCUGCCGCCGUACAGCGGCGGGUACUGGCUCAUCCCUUUCUAUGAUGCCUACGGCGAGGUGUUCAAUGUGCUGGGCAGCCGCCAGGGCGACAACGGCGGCGGCUCCUUCCUACUUGUGCCGCACGACUGGCAGGCGCCCGAGGGACUGGACAUCCCCCAGGAGUUCAAGCUGAUCCGCUCGCCCACCCAGGAGGGCAUCAUCCUGGGCCGCACCUCCUUCAACGGCACCGGCGCCGCCAACUGGACACUCACCUGGAACUUCACCCGGUGGGGCCCCAACCCCCGCGGCGACGACGUGCCCGACGUGGUGUUCCCCAAGGGCGCCGGACUGGCCUACCCCGGCACCGCCGCGGCCACACUGCAGGCCAUCAACACAGCCGACCCCUGGGCCUUCUGGAAGGUGGCGGGUGAGGUGUUCCGUCGCAACGGCCAGUCCUCCAUCCCCACCCCCCUGGUCAAGGAGCUGGGCAAGAUCGGCAUCUACAGGGACUUUGGGUUCGUGUCGUACGGCCUGGACGUCAACACCACGGAUGCCCUGGCGAUCGCGCCCAUUCUGGCCACGCGUAUCGCUGUGGCCAAGUACACCUUCCUGGGCACCCCCGCCACCAACUACUGGAAGUUGCCGGUGUACAACGGCGCCUGGGGCAACGACUACGUACUGGCAGCCGCCAUCAUCAAGGGCUUCUGGAUCUCCAACCGCCUGGACGACGCCGCCUACUACUACAACUACCUGGACUCCAACGGCCAACCGCUUGUUGGAAACAACACCUACGAGCUGCUGCUGCCCAAGGCGCCUCCCGCCACCUCCGGCGCCUUCUGGUCGGUUCAGGCCCUGGACAUCGACCGCUGGACGCUGCUGUACGGCCCCUACCCACUCAACACGGCCCUGUCCAGCCCUGUGGCGGGUCUGUACGUGCGCCCCGACGGCUCCAUCCCCAUCCGGGUGCAGGUGGCCAGUCCGCCCGCCAACACCACCGCCGCCAGCCGUGGCUGGAACUGGGUCCCCGGCUACCCCGGCCACUUCCACCUCAUCCUGCGCAUCUACGCGGGCGAUGCCUCGGUGCUCUCCGACACCUACGUCCCGCCGCCCAUCGUCAAGCUCGCCGCCGGCAGCAGCGGCAACAGCACCACCGGCGGCAGCAGCCCCGCGCCGAGCCCUGCUGCCGGCCCCAGCGCCGGCGGCGCCAGCCCCAGCCCUGCCUACGGCGGCCGUCGCGCCAUCUAAAGUCGCUGCCUACGCCGGCUAGCUUGUGCCCAUGUGGAUGCCACGUGUGUGUCCUGCCCCGUUGGGGACGGUGGGCCCGUCGGCAGUCUCCGCGUGCCCACGUGUGCAGAAGUGCGGUCUGGUGCUGCUGUCGUUAGCGCUUCCAUUCGCGUAACGGGUCGGACCGGCUGUAGAAUGUGGUGUGCGGUGGGGUGCUCCGUGAUCCGCAUGAUGCAUGCAUGCAUGCGUGCGUGAGCUUGCUUGUAAGAGUAGGUGUAUGAUAUAAAGAGGUAGCUUGUGUACAUACGGUAUGCGCUUGCCCCCUUGUGUAUAUAUGGUGCGCGCUUUCAUCUUUGUAUACAUACGGUAUGCGGUGACGCCGCUGGGAGAAGCGCCAAGGCUCUGCCGGAACGCCGUUCUUCCCCCGCCCUUGCAAGUCUGGCACUCUGGCAUCCAGAUUGAUGGGCGUGCUUAUAUGCGCUGGAGGUUGUUUAUAUGCAUGUAAAGCUUACGGGAGAUGAAGCAUCUGUGCAGGUCCAUCAUCGCAAGCAUUGCGCCAGAACCCCCGAUGGCGAAGUAAGGAUGUACGCGCGCUGGCUGCUGCUCGCGUGCCGCCGGUUGGCCGGCGUCACACCGCCGUGCGUGUGUCAGGCUGUCAGCUCGCACCCACCCGUGUGCCCGUGAGCUGGCCGGGCCAGGUCACUUGCCGGUCGGCCGGUCGGGGUAUGUAACUGUGCAACGCU